CACCACCCUUAGACCUUAUCUACAACAUAUGAAUCGAUAUCCACUGGGAUUCUAUGUCAGAUUAUGGUGUCCAUAACUUCAAACCUCUCCUCUUUAUUUUCGAUUCACAGGUACUUUCUCCCUUCCCUCUAGCUCUUUCUGUAUACAUCAUCUCUAUCAUUAUAUUCAUGAAUGCCUACUCAACACAACGCUGGUAGCUUAAUGACUAUAUAUUCCACUGAUUUCUUUCCUCAUUGCCCUCCUUUCAGUCCCCAAUUGAAGCCCACUUCACAUUCCCAUCACACAUCCAUUGUCACUUGCAGAAACCCUAACCCUAAUGAUGGUUACAACUCUAGAAACUCUCCAAAGGUUGGAGUUUCUGCCGAGGCCAGGCCUGCCCAUCUGCAAUCUUAUGAUUUUAGGGAGACCCAUUUGAUGAAACUCCUCAAUAGGUCCUGCAAGGCUGGGAAAUUCAAUGAAUCGCUCUACUUUCUUGAGUGUCUGGUGAACAAGGGUUACACUCCUGAUGUUAUUCUUUGCACAAAGCUCAUUAAAGGGUUCUUUAAUUUCAAAAACAUCGAAAAGGCCUCUAGGGUUAUGGAAAUUUUGGAGUCACAUACUGAACCUGAUGUGUUCGCUUAUAACGCAGUGAUUAGUGGGUUUUGUAAGGUGAAUCGAAUUGAGGCUGCAACUCAAGUGUUGAACCGGAUGAAAGCUCGUGGUUUUUUGCCCGAUAUUGUUACAUAUAAUAUAAUGAUUGGGAGUCUUUGUAAUAGAAGGAAGCUAGGGCUAGCUCUGAAGGUCUUGGAUCAGUUGUUGCUAGAUAAUUGUAUGCCAACUGUGAUUACUUACACAAUUUUGAUUGAGGCCACCAUUGUUGAAGGUGGGAUUAAUGAGGCAAUGAAGCUUUUAGAGGAGAUGUUAGCGAGAGGGCUUCUUCCUGAUAUGUAUACUUAUAAUGCAAUUAUCAGGGGAAUGUGCAAAGAGGGCAUGGUUGAACGAGCCGCAGAGUUGAUUACGAGCUUAACUUCUAAGGGCUGCGAACCUGAUGUGAUCUCAUACAAUAUUCUGUUACGUGCUUUCUUGAAUCAGGGGAAGUGGGAUGAAGGGGAGAAGCUGGUAGCCGAGAUGUUUUCCAGAGGUUGUGAGCCAAACAAGGUCACUUACAGUAUCUUCAUUAGCUCUCUCUGUCGUUUUGGUAGAAUAGAUGAGGCAAUUAGCGUAUUGAAGGUUAUGAUAGAAAAGGAACUGACUCCAGAUACUUACAGUUAUGACCCACUGAUAUCUGCAUUAUGCAAAGAGGGAAGAUUGGAUUUGGCCAUUGGGAUCAUGGAUUAUAUGAUAUCUAAUGGUUGCUUGCCAGACAUUGUGAACUACAACACAAUCUUGGCUGCUUUGUGUAAGAAUGGAAACGCCAAUCAGGCUUUGGAAAUCUUCAAUAAGCUCAGAGGAAUGGGUUGCCCUCCCAAUGUGAGCUCUUACAACACAAUGAUCAGCGCACUGUGGAGCUGUGGGGAUAGAUCCAGGGCUUUGGGUAUGGUUCCAGCGAUGAUAAGUAAAGGGAUUGACCCUGAUGAGAUUACUUAUAACUCACUCAUAUCAUGUCUGUGCAGAGAUGGACUAGUGGAAGAGGCCAUUGGGUUGUUAGAUGACAUGGAGCAAAGUGGCUUCCGGCCUACCGUUAUCAGUUAUAAUAUUGUUCUUCUCGGGUUGUGCAAGGUGCGUAGAAUUGAUGAUGCGAUUGGGAUGUUUGCAGAAAUGAUUGAGAAGGGAUGCCGACCCAAUGAAACCACUUACAUCUUAUUGAUUGAAGGGAUUGGGUUUGCAGGAUGGAGAACGGAAGCUAUGGAGUUGGCAAAUUCCCUUUUUUCUAGGGAUGUCAUUUCACAAGAUUCAUUCAAACGCUUGAACAAGACCUUUCCCAUGCUUGAUGUUUACAAAGAGCUAAGUAACUCAGAAACCAAGAAGUAGCAUGCAAUGAUCUGCUCUGGACAUUUUCCAACAUUUGGAGGCUAUUAUGAAUUUGGUCUUAACUCUAUUCAGAAUAUUGUGUCAUUCCUCUGUUUAAAUACAAUGAUGUCUUCCCCAGAUAGACAGUUGUAAGGGGCAUGUAACUCAGGCUUGGGGUGCCCAAAUCUAAUCUUCAUGAACGAGGUGAUUUGAUAACAAGGUAUGGAUUGUUCAAGUGCAUUAAAAGAAAAGCAUCGAAGUCUUGGUAUCCUAAAUUACAGACUGUCUGCUCCAUUGAGUGACUGAAACAUUGAAUAUCCAGAAGCUCUGUUGGAGAAAGAAGUUAUCUAGCUGUGCUGAAGAUGUUGCAUUAAUCUUCCAUUUCUUCAUGGGUUAACAUGUCUGAUAGAUUCUGACGCAAUGUUGCUUCUCCUUCCUUCUCUGCAACAUGGAAGGGGAAGAUCUUCCAUUCCCAAGUAGAUGCAUGAGAAGAAAAGAUGUAAUCUUACUAGCUCCUGAAAUUCUCAACAUGUAUUAAUGGGAGAGUCUGCAGAAGCUGUCUCCCAUAGGCUUCUGCAUCUGUAAUCUCACAUCCGGUCAAAAUUAACCAUGUAAUAUAUAUAACUGAUACAAAGGCAAAACUCGCCAAAACUGAGUUUCUUUAUUCCAUCUGCAUCUGUUUUUCUUCCA